CGAGGGGCGGGCCCUCGCAGCGCCGGCGCAGUGCGCUCUACUCAGGGAGGCGGAGGCGACGCGCGGGAGGAAAGAUGGAAGACUAUCAGUCUGUGGAAGAGACGGCUUUUGUUGUUGACGAAGUGAGCAACAUUGUAAAAGAGGCCAUAGAAAGUGCAAUUGGUGGCAACACCUACCAGCACAGCAAAGUGAAUCAGUGGACCACAAACGUAGUAGAACAGACUUUAAGCCAACUCACCAAGCUGGGAAAACCAUUUAAAUACAUCGUGACCUGUGUAAUUAUGCAGAAGAAUGGAGCAGGAUUACACACGGCAAGUUCUUGCUUCUGGGACAGCUCUACUGACGGGAGCUGCACCGUGCGAUGGGAGAACAAGACCAUGUACUGCAUCGUCAGCGCCUUCGGACUGUCCAUCUGAGCUCCGCAGCCGCCCGCCGUCUUUCUCCUUUGUCUCAACACCUCUCUUCCGUCUUCUAACCACCAGCCAUGAAUUCAGUGAACUCCUUUGUCAUUCUCUUUAAGCGUCCUUUGCUGCACUCUCAAAAUGUAGAGAAUAACCCAGACGACUGCACUGUUCUGUGAGCUGCACCCCCUAAGUCAGAGGAAUCGUUCAUUGUAGGUGGUCAGUCAGAAGCCUGGACGCCACUUGUCUUCACUCUGAAUAUUUCUGUUCAAAGGUGCUAAAAACAGAAAUCUGCUAGCGUGAUACUUUCUUUACUGUCUGAAACGAUUCAAGUACACUAAUUUUCCAUACUUUGUACUUUUGUUAGAAUAAAUUAUUCCAAUUUAAAGUUUGUGUUUUUCUUUAUAGUCUAAAUAGUAUUACAGAUGCAUUCUUCCUUUUAUUAGCACCUUCAGAACCUGUUGUACUGUAGAAAUAAAGAGAAACUUGCAGUUGGGCUUAGGUCUUCUCCAGUAUAGUGAUCUGCUGACAUCCCCCGAGGGACCAGGGGCCUGACAGCUUUGCUGUGUUCUGGUUAGAGUUCUGUUUGUCCCGGGCCUCACACCCUUCAUUCUAAAGGUGCCCUUUUCUGGAGCCUAUGGUGUGGGAAGUGACAAGCUGGUUUCUGUUCCUUUAGCCAGAGAGCUCAAACUCAUACACUUGGCCCAAAUCGGCAACACUACAACUUCUCCCUUCAUGUUCUCUAUUUUUCAGUAGCAAUCAAACACAAAAAAAGUUUUAGUACUUCAGAGCUUGCAAGAUGCUUUUACAAUCUUUUGCUUUGUGUCUGUAACAAUUACAUCAUUAUUCAUAAAUCAGGAAUUGUGUUUGGAGGUUAUCUGAUUGAUUUAAAGUCACAGCAAAGUAAGUGGGGAGGUGGACCCCAAACCCUGGUCUUGUGACCUACCACGUCUUUACUUUCGUGCUCGUCCGGGGCCAGUUA